CGUCACUUUAGCACAACACACCCAGAAACAUCCACCGCCAGUCGGUUCCACAAACACCGCGUUCCUCCUCCAGCUCCGGUUAAACCCGGUACCCGGCCCCGGUCUGCCCACAGACCCGUCCAAACACCGACCUCCAACCAAAACAAACAGUUAGCAUGAAGCUAAGCUAACCGCACGGCCGUUCUUACCUUGCCAGUUUUGAGAAAAUGACUAAUAUCCUCUUCGGUCGGCGGAUUCACGCGGACAUCACCGGGGAAACACCGGCGGCCGUUAAACGAGGCGUUAGAGGCGGCAGAGGCCGCUCAUGUCUCCGGUCAGAAUGGGAAAGUGGAGUUUACCAAAGUCCGGGAGAACUUUUACAUCGGCCUUUUUGUUGUGGAGAAACUGCUGCUGCCGCGGUCCGCCAUCUUGUGUCUGUGUGCGCGCGCAUGUGUAAACUACUCGUUUUUACUGAGGAAGCUCUUCGCAGGAUCAUCAGCACAUUAACCAAUAAGAACGAAGAACUCCAAAACUUCCUGGAAACAGUUGACAACACACUGACUGGACUGCAGGUGGAGUCAUGUAAGGUGAUGUCAGAGCUGGAGGCGGAACUUGAGCAGCUCCGCUCCGCCCUGGAGGAGAAGGAGGCAGAGCUUUGUGGCGUCAUUAAAGAGGAGAAGCAGAGGAAAGAGGCGGAGCUUCAUAAGCAGCUGUUGGAGGGAAAGUUUGCUCUGCUGUCGUGUGAAGAACUGCUUGAGUUUGCAAAUCAAACGCUGACCAUCACCAACGAAGAAGAAUUCCUAAAGGCUGCAAAACAAAUCAAAGAAAGGUAUGAGACAUUUUGUCUUUCAGUGUGUCCUGACUGAAUGCAACGAGGCGACCGUCAAUGAGACAAUCAG